AUGGGGACCCAAGGGUGGGGGUUUGGGGGCCAGGGGUCUGCCCAGGAGCAGGUCCGGGGAGCUGGGCCCAGGGGAAAACCAGGGGCUGGGUGUUUGGGGGUGUAUAGGAGCAGGGUCCAGGAGAUUCUAGCAGUGCCCAGGAUCAGGGUCCCAGGGGUGUCCGGGAGCAGGGCCGCCCUAACCGCUUCCCUCCUCCCCUCCCAUGGGCCGCCGCAGUCCGAGGAGCUGGGGGCCCGGCCGGAGCCGCACGUCGCCGCGCUGAGGCGAGCGCUGAGCGGAGACGUCCGAGCAUGGCUGUCUGCUGUCACCCAGAUCGAGCUGGAGCCCACCAUCGACAUCUCCUGCGCUCAAUACAAGUGUACCGAUGUCUUACUGUGCCACGACGAUGAGCUGGAGGGUCGGAGGAUUGCUUUCAUCCUGUACCUCGUGCCACCCUGGGAGAAAAGCGAUGGGGGGACACUGGACCUGUUCAGCACAGAUGAACACUUUCAGCCACAGAAAAUUAUCAAGUCAUUAAUGCCUUCGUGGAACACACUGGUUUUCUUUGAAGUGUCUCCAGUCUCUUUCCACCAGGUGUCAGAGAUCCUGUCGGAGGAGAAGUGCCGCCUGUCAGUGAGCGGCUGGUUUCACGGCCCACCAAUAGACAGACCUGCACCCUACAUUGAAGCUCCCUUGCCCAGGAGCCCACACGUCCCUUACGAUCAUGAAAUCUUGUAUGAGUGGAUCAAUCUAGUUUAUUUGGACAUGGACUCCCAAGCUCAAAUCCAGGAGGAAUUCGAGGAGCGAUCAGAAAUUCUCCUGAAGGAUUUUCUUAAGAAAGAGAGAUUUCAACUACUGUGUGAAGCUUUGGAGAACAAAGACAUCCAGUGGAAUAGCCGGGGGCCUCCCAACAAAAGACUCUACGAGGCAGCAGAGGAAGACAGCCUCCCUGACAUCCUGAAGAAUUUCCUGCAGUUCUUACGCUCAGAGGCUUUGUUUUUACUGCUUUCCAACUUCACUGGCCUAAAGCUGCACUUCCUGGCGCCUUCCGAUGAGGAUGAAGAUGCUGGGGAAGGAAGAGCAGCAGAGAGCGCUGGGCACAGCAGUCCCGAACCCAAGCAGGAUGGGGCUGAACAACACGCUGAUGGCAGUGCCCAUCAGCCCGACCAGCCUGAUGACAUCCCCGAAGCACAAGACAGCGAGACGCAGAACGGCUCGAGUACCCCUGUGUGUGCAGGGGAGCUGCGACGCUGGACCAAUGGGCACUACACUCUAGUCCAUGAUGCUCAAGCAACUGAAUUUGCUCUCGACCUACUCUUCUUCUGCGGCUGUGAAGACUGGGAUCCAGAAUAUGGUGGCUUUACUUCCUACAUCGCUAAAGGUGAAGAUGAAGAGCUGUUGACAGUGAACCCAGAGGACAACUGCUUGGCCCUGGUAUAUAGAGACAAAGAAACUAUGAAGUUUGUGAAAUACAUCAAUCACCGCAGCUUGGCACGCCUGAAAAAGCAUCCAAACAGAAAAGGAUUUUGGGAUUUUUCAUUUGUCUAUUAUGAGUGAUGGUUGAGUGACCCUCGUCACACUGAAAAUAGUGAUGGUGGCUUUGGGCAGGUUUCUAUCCAAGCUGGGGCCUGCCUAAGCCCAGACAAACUUGGUUGAUGCUAACUUGAUCUCAUUGUAUGCAAGCUGUACCCUACAAAGAGGGUCCAGGUGACUUUUUUUAUUAACUGUAAGCACGGAAAUCCAGUCUCCUGACUUGGUUGUAACACGUGCUCUUCACUGCUUUUAAUGGUACAUGGAAGGGAGCAUCCCCAUGCAACUGGUAACUACUGCAUCACAGCUUUCCAGCUGUUCUCUCAUGGAAAUAGCAUGGUGGGAUGAGUCUCUCAUCUGUCAGGGUGAAAAUUACCACCAUGUAUGGCCCCAGGCUGAUGACUUUUAUUAAAAAAAUUUAAAAAAAAAUAAAAAAUGGGUCAGUUAAAUGCUUCAAA